CCCUUCCUCCCGUCCCCUUUCCCUUCCCCUACCUUAGCGUCUCCUCGCCGCUACCACAACCUCAAUCCUCGCCGCCGCCGGCGGCGAAUCGGCCCCAGGGAUCUCCGCCGGCAACGGACGACGUUCGCUGGUACCUCCUGACCGGCCCGCACGAAUUUCAAGUUUGGGUUCACAAUCUUCUCAAGUUAAUUUCGGUGGUACUGCUUCCCUUUGGACUACACAGAAUUCUCAACAGCAACUUGCAUCCAACCACUGACUUGAGGUAACUAUGCCAAAGGACAAGAGCGCUCGCUCAGCACCCCGUGCGUCGCCAUACAAGCUGCGGAGCGGUUCUCGCCGCACAGAGGAGUCUGCCACUGUCGCCGCCGCUGCCGCAGCUGCUGCAGCGAAGCAGGCCGCGGAAUGGGAGGAGGUUCGCUGCCCUGUGUGCAUGGAUCACCCUCACAACGCAGUCAUGCUCGUCUGCUCCUCACACGAGAAGGGAUGCCGCCCUUUCGUGUGCGACACCAGCUACCGGCACUCCAACUGCCUCGACCAGUACCGCAAGGCCUCCAAGGAGUCCUCCAAGGAUUCGGGGGCGCCGGAGUGCGCCGAGUGCCAGCAGCCCGUCAAGCUGGCGUGCCCGCUCUGCCGUGGGCCCGUCAGCCACUGGACCAAGGACUACGAUGCGCGCAAGUUCAUGAACUCCAAGGCUCGAGCGUGCACCAUGGAGGCGUGCGAGUUCAAGGGCGCGUACAGCCAGCUCAGGAAGCAUGCCAGGGAGGACCAUCCUGCUAUACGGCCGACCGAGGUGGACCCUGAUCGGCAGCGGGACUGGCGCAGGAUGGAGCAGCAGCGCGACAUGGGGGACUUGCUCAGCAUGGUGCGUUCAGGGUUCAGUGGCAGAGAAUUCGGGGUCUUCGAUGGUGAAGAGGGUGGCAGUGAGAGAACAUCCUUUCGUGGGGCGUCCUUCACAAUGGUCUUCGUCAUGCGAGCCCCUGGUUAUGCAGACGCGGAAAUCCCAGCCACUCAAGGACCCAGAACUUUUUUCGUGGUUACUUCAAGAGGGGGCACUAGCGGCAGUGUUGAUGCUGAGGUCACUGCUACUGACAACGAGGAAGCUGGCGACAUGGCAAUGUCCGCGGAGGCACCUGCCGGUUCCCAGGAAGAUGCUGGAGAAGACGAUGGCGACCCUACGCAAUGAUGCCAGCUCAAGGGCAGUCCCAUGGCUUUCUACUGGGACUUGAAAGCCUGGCCAGCAAGCCAUUGUGGACACUUUGCCUCCGGGGAGUCGAGGGGAGCAUGUCGGGAAGAAGCAUACGUGCCAGCGUAGUCAGGACAUUCUGCCUACAACGCACAAGCAAAGAAGUAAUCAGAGGGGCGGCAAUUUGCAACGAGGUGGAGUUGACUAAAGCUAGUGUCUGCUGGAAACUGUCGAUUGAACAUAAACAAACAUCAAAGGUGGCGUCUGUAUUAUUGAAUCAUGUACCCCCUGGUUGGUAGUCCGGUGAAUUGCCUCUCCGCUGCCUUGUAACUCUAUUAUCUCGAUGAACAGAUUGUUUAUGCUGAA